AUGAUUCACCCUCUGAUUCUCGCUGGGGUUUUACUUCACAUUGGAGUGUUCUUAUGUGUUUUCUUACACUUAAUCUUGUCCACAGAUGGAGUUUGGAUUAAUAAACUGAAUAUAGGAGUGAAAUCUGGAUCUCCAGGCAUUAUUCCAUGUCUAUAUGAAGAACAAUAUAAAGAACACCAGAAGUAUUGGUGUCGGGGAUACAUUUGGAGCUCUUGCUCUAUAUUGGCUUAUGUAAAUGAAACAAGAAAUAAAUUCUCCAUCACUGAUUAUCCAGCACAGAGUAUCUUUACAGUGGAAUGGCAGAAUCUGCAGGAGUCCAACUCUUCAUAUUACUGGUGCGCUGUGGAGAUCGGUGGUCCUGGGACACUAGACGCUGGUUAUUAUUUGUAUCUGACGGUACAAUCAGAUCCUGCUCUGUCUGUGUUGAACAGCAGUGUAUCCGGACAUGAAGGUGGUAAUGUCAGUGUUCAGUGUUUCUACAGUUCUGGAUAUAAGGCUAAAACCAAACAGUGGUGCAGAUUUAAAGAUAAGAGCUGUUUCACAGAGAAAAAGACUGACACGUUCCAGAAUCCAUCAGUGCAGAUCAGUGAUGAUGGUAAAAGCUCCUUCACUGUGCUGAUGACUGGACUGAGACUCUCUGAUUCUGGAUGGUAUUUCUGCUCUGUUGGAGAUCUGCAGGUUCCUGUUCAACUCACUGUCACUAAACCUGUACCCAAAGGUAAGAUCACAAACCAGUUUAGAAGUAAAACAUAUGAAGCUAUCACUGCCCUAAAAUACCCUUGA